GAAUAAGAGUUACGAUGCAUAUCUUCUGGGUUAGUGCAACUGUACGAUGUAGCUACAGUCACUUUUCAAUAAAAGACUGUAGAAUUCUCAGACAAGAUCGGGCUCUUGUGUUUUGCCUUACACAACUGUUGGUGAAGUGAAGGGGCUUAACCCCGAAAUGAGCUAAAAGUGACUUCGGCCGACCUACCCUGUGCUUUCUGACUAUGGUCGGGCAGCUGAGCAGGAACGCUUAACACAAUAGCUUAGUUUUAACCAACCAUAUACGUUUUGUGCUGUAUUAAGACGCACUGUGCCCUGUAUAUUAAUGCACAUUAUUCAGUCAUUGCAUAACUGAAAGAUAACCUAUAUUCGCUUUUACUUUUAUUUUGAAAAGUGUAAACGGGAAAUUCGUGUUUGUUCUAGAAAAUAUAGAUUUCCGGGAUUUUGUACCCAACGUCCGCGUACAGCUUUUGCCAUACGUGUUAGUUAAUUACUGUUGAUCUUGGCAUUCUCAGUAGUUGUAGCUGUUAUCUAAAAAUGAAUACUGUUCUGUCGAGAGCUAACUCUUUGUUCGCUUUCUCUCUGAGCGUCAUGGCGGCCUUGACGUUCGGCUGCUUUAUCACUACAGCUUUCAAAGACCGAAGAGUUCCUGUGGACAUCCACGUCUCCAAAGUCAUGCUGAAGAAUGUCGAUGACUUUACUGGACCUAGAGAACGCAGUGAUCUUGGUUUUAUUACCUUUGACCUCUCAGCUGAUUUGCAGCCAAUUUUUGACUGGAAUGUUAAACAGCUGUUUCUCUAUCUGUCUGCUGAGUAUUCCACAAAGAGCAAUUCUCUGAACCAGGUGGUGCUGUGGGAUAAAAUUGUUCUUCGAGGCGAAAACACCAAACUGAACCUCCGAGACAUGAAGUCCAAAUACUUCUUCUUUGACGAUGGGAAUGGACUCAGGGCCAAUAAGAAUAUCACUCUAACGCUAUCCUGGAACGUUGUUCCCAAUGCGGGAAUCCUGCCCCUGGUGGCUGGAAGUGGACACAUCAGCCUACCUUUUCCGGAUGCAUACGAGACCACCAAGAGUUACUAGACAGACACACACAUCCAACUUGCUUCAACAAACUGUACACUCAGACUGAUAAAACAAGAUUAGCACAGACACGCAUUGGUGUUGUAAAUGAGUUUUUGGUUUGUAAUAAAAGUUGAGAUUGAAA